GAAAAAUUUUCCUUGCGUACAAACGUCUCCGUUGUUCAUAAUGGCUUCGUAUUCAUCAGAUCCAUGUGUCGAUUUAAUGAGACAUCGGUUUUACAAAGAUUUAGAAGAGUCUAGAAAGGCAACAAGUGCUAAGAAUACAGUUUAUAUUAAAGAUGCACGUUACAAAGCAUUGAUAAAAGAUGUCAUGACAGCAAAAACAACAGGAAAAAAGAAUGCUCGCGAUUAUUGGUUAUUACGGCGAUACGAUAUGAUUUUGGUAGACCAAAAAAUGAAGCUCUUUUUUCCUGCUCAAGAUCCAAAAAGCAUACUUUUAUAUGUAUGUGAUAGCGAGUUGUUUGACGUAUUGCACGGUACACAUAUAAAAGUUGGUCACGGCGGGAGAGAUCGUAUGAUGAGGGAAAUAGGAAGUCGAUACAAAAAUAUAACACGUAAAGAUAUAGAAACCUAUAUUAACAUAUGUGAGCUUUGUCAAAAUAAUAGAGGAUAUAAAAAGAAGAUUGAGGAAAGUCCUAUAAUAGAGUCUGAGUGUAACUCAAGAUACCAAGUGGAGUUAGAAGAAUUUCUAUCUGAUGAACCCGAAGAUGUAAAGAACUUUUCUCUUGGACUACCUUCAAUUGAUAGUAAUGAAGAUAAUCCUGCCGAAGACUACCAUCUUGAAAAUAAUGAUGUUCAGUUUGAAGAAGUUGAAGAAAAACCAUUUCAAAAUCAAUCAGAAUAUGUUCCAUAUAAUUGUGAGACUGAAGCUGCAACAAAAGUAAUAGAUCCAGUAAUUGAAAGUACUUCGUCGGUGAAACAAAAAGAACAUCCAGUUUUUUGUAAAAAUAAGUUGAAGAAACGAAAGUUAGCCGAUGAUAAGUUAGCUGAGGCAAAAUUGGAAGUUGUGAAUUUACAAAAACAACUGGUCCAGCAAGAAAUUGAAAAAGAACUUGCACAAACUAAAAUACUUGAACAAGAAUUCGAACAUAAAGGAAAAAUCCAAGAACUAGAGAGACAACAUCUAUUGCUGAAAAUAAAAUUGACUGAAGCUGAACUUGAAAAUAUUAAACAAAAUAAAAAUAAUGUAGUACAAAAUCAAUGACAUACUAUAAUAAUAAUUUAUUAUUAUUUUUAAUUUAACAUUAUUUAUGUAAUAAUAAACGAAAAAAAAGA